GAUUCUUCUAGCAAAGCUGUGUCUACUGAAUCAACUACUGGAACUUCAUCUAGAUCCACAUUAACCAUAAACCCAGAAAAGACUACUUUCAUUGAUACUACACCGUUUACUGCUUCAUCAGAUAAAUUACAUUCCAGUUCUGAUUCUUCCAGUAAAGCAGUGAUAACCGAAUCAACACCUGGAACAUCAUCUAGAUCAACCACAAACCCAGAAUCUUCUACUUCCACUGACACUACAUCGUCUACUGCUUCAUCAGAUAAAUUACCUUCUAGUACUGAUUCUUCUAGCAAAGCUGUGUCUACUGAAUCAACUACUGGAACUUCAUCUAGAUCCACAUCAACCAUAAACCCAGAAAAGACUACUUUCAUUGAUACUACACCGUUUACUGCUUCAUCAGAAGAAUUACAUUCCAGUUUUGAUUCUUCCAGCAAAGCUGUGUCUGCUGAAUCAACACCUGGAACUUCAUCUAAAUCAACAUCAACCAUAAAUCCAGAAAAGUCUACUUCCAUUGAUACUACAUCGUUUGCUGCUUCAUCAGAUAAAUUACCUUCUAGUACUGAUUCUUCCAGUAAAGCAGUGAUAACCGAAUCAACACCUGGAACAUCAUUUAGAUCAACAUCAACCAUAAACCCAGAAAAGACUACUUUCAUUGAUACUACACCGUUUACUUCUUCACCAGAUAAA